AUGAAGAUAAUCCAUGUUGAAGGCACAAAAGGAAAGGGAUCAACAGGCACAUUUACUGAGGAAAUACUAUGCAAUUAUGGAUUUCGAACAUUAAGUUAUUUGGGCGCAAAAGGAAAAUUUUCUUGUGGUUUUGACAUUAAUGCUUUUGGUGGAGUUCAUGAAGGAAAAGCUAUGACACAUGAGCAACAUCAAAACAUGCUUAUGUAUCAAGUAUCAAUUGAUAUUCUAUCUGAUACCCUUGAAGGUAUGUUCAAUUACCACGGUACCCCUCAUAAAGCUGCAAGAAAACUGUCUGUUGAUGCUAUUGAUGGGCUUGCUUUAAGUGGGGGAUUGGAAGUUGCUAUGGCUUUCCAUGCUAGAAUUGUUUUUUCUACUACUCAGUUAGGUUUUCCUAAAUUGUAGCUCGGUGUUAUUCCUGGAUUUGGAGUUAUCAAUUGCAUGAUUCUGUAAGUAUUUUUAGUGGAGGGUAUUCUAUAUAAU